GCCCGCUGCUCUGAGCUGUUCUGAAUUUUUCUUCUUCCGCCUCGACAACCUAGAAAGCUCCUUCCUUCAAUCCCAGGGACAUAACCAGAAUCCGAUCGUCAACCUUCACCACCACAUCUCUCCAGACAACCGCAACCAUGGCUGGGUCUACGUACUCCCUGUCGUCGACGCACAAGGAGAUGCUCGAGAAGUCCCUUCUCGACUCCGACCCUGAGGUUGCCGAGAUCAUGAGAAACGAGGUCCAGAGGCAGCGCGAGUCCAUCAUCCUGAUCGCCUCGGAGAAUGUCACGUCGCGUGCCGUCUUCGACGCCCUUGGCUCGCCCAUGUCCAACAAGUACUCGGAGGGCUACCCCGGCAAGCGUUACUACGGCGGCAACCAGCACAUCGAUGAAAUCGAGCUCCUCUGCCAGCGCCGUGCCCUCACGGCCUUCCACCUCGACUCGGACAGGUGGGGUGUCAACGUCCAGUGCCUGAGUGGCAGCCCUGCCAACCUUCAGGUCUACCAGGCCAUCAUGCCUCCGCAUGGUAGGCUUAUGGGCCUGGACCUCCCCCACGGUGGCCACUUGAGCCACGGUUACCAGACCCCCCAGCGGAAGAUCUCUGCUGUGUCCACCUACUUCGAAACCAUGCCGUACAGGGUAGACCUCGAGACCGGCAUCAUCGACUACGACCAACUCGCCAAGAACGCUAUCCUCUACCGCCCCAAGAUCCUGGUCGCUGGAACUUCGGCCUACUGCCGCCUGAUCGACUACAAGCGCAUGCGCGAGAUCGCCGACUCUGUUGGUGCCUACCUCGUCGUCGACAUCGCUCACAUUUCUGGCCUUGUCGCGUCGGGUGUCAUCCCCUCGCCCUUUGAGUAUGCUGAUGUGGUUACCACCACCACGCACAAGUCGCUUCGUGGCCCCCGCGGUGCCAUGAUUUUCUUCCGCAAGGGCCUCCGCUCGGUGGAUGCCAAGGGCAAAGAGAUCAUGUACGACCUGGAGGAACCCAUCAACUUCUCAGUCUUUCCCGGCCACCAGGGCGGCCCUCACAACCACACCAUCACUGCGCUGGCUGUCGCACUCAAGCAGGCCGCCACACCCGAGUUCAAGGCAUACCAGCAACAAGUAGUUGACAACGCCAAGGCCCUCGAGAACAAGUUCAAGGCUCUGGGUCACAAGCUUGUCUCUGACGGCACCGACUCGCACAUGGUUCUGGUCGAUCUGCGCGCCCACUCUCUGGAUGGCGCCCGGGUUGAGGCUGUCCUGGAACAGAUCAACAUCGCUUGUAACAAGAACAGUAUCCCUGGCGACAAGAGCGCCCUGACCCCGUGCGGCAUCCGCAUCGGCACCCCGGCCAUGACCAGCCGUGGUUUCGGUACUGCCGAUUUCGAGCGUGUUGCUACGUAUAUCGACGAGAGCAUCAAGAUCUGCAAGGAGGUCCAGGCCGCCCUGCCCAAGGAGGCCAACAAGCUCAAGGACUUCAAGGCCAAGGUCGCCACCGGAGAGGUGGCCAAGAUCAACGAUCUCAAGAAGGAGAUCGCCGCCUGGUGUCAUACCUUCCCUCUUCCGGUUGAGGGCUGGCGCACUGACGCUGGAAUCUAAACCUACCACCUGCACUGGAGGUCAUGGCGACACCUGUGCGCUUCGAUUUCCCAGUUAAAUGUUAGCCAAGACGUCGAGCCCUGCACUACCUGGAUAACCCGAUCUGGCUUGUAGUGCGGUAUUUCGUUCUUUGCACCUCGGGCUUUGACAUUCUUUUCCUAUUUCUAUAUCUUGUGUUUUUUUCGAUGACUUUACUGGAGAACUGGAAUUAUUGGGGGCGAUGGGAAUAAGGGGGCCAAGAAAAUGUGGAGGAAACACGCAUUUCAUCAGGCGUUGCGUUGCAAUCUUUUCAACCGAAGGGCAACAGCGGAGUUUUUGGCAUCUGGAGUGGAUCGCUUCAACGCGGUUCCGAGAAAUAACUCGGCUAUUUUUUCAAUAUUGACUUGUCGACAGAGCA